AUAGCGGGCGAGGGGACGGAGUGGUUGGUGGUGGUAGUGGUUGGUUGUAGGCUCAUUGGAUUCGCCUGUGUAAUGAUGCGCAACUGGAAACGUGAGAACAGUUAUCAGGGGUAGUGAUUGCGUGCGCCCGCGCGCACGCGCGUGUGUGCGUGCGUCCUGCGCUGCCUUAUUUAAUAAUAUUAUUAUUUUCCUUCUGUGCGUGCGCGCGUCGUGUGUCAACGCGCUCAGCAGCCACAGGACACGGGGCAGCAUUCACUGCUUGCUGCUCCGUCCCCUCGCCCCCCCUGCAAAUCGGCUCACCGCAUCCCCUCCUCCUCCUCCUCCCCUCUGCACCCCGCGCUCACUGCACGCCGCGCUCCCCCGUGUCACUCUGCACAGUGCGCACGGCUGACGCUCGGUGGCCGAACAUCGAAGAGGUCUUUAACAAUUUAACAUUUUAUUUUGGUGAAUGUAUUUUUUUUUACUUUUUUUCUCAGCGUAAGCUGUGCAAGACGUGUGGUGUGUAUGUGACCGGUCGCUCCUCCCUGAGUGGCUGCAACGCGCCUUGGAUUCGAGCCUCCGAGUGGCUGGAGGAGGAGGGGGUAGGGUUGAGGGCGGACAGCCAUGGGUUAUUGCUGCUCUCGGUUAUACCCGGCGAGGAAGAGUCGGAUGUCUCCGUAAGAAGAAGAAGAAAACAAAAAAAAGUGAGACGAGGAGGAGGGAGGAACUGUAACUGAAGGAGGACGGGAGACGCCACUGUCGCCAUGCGUCUCGCCAGAGCGAUGGGGACUCUGGCAGCCGUCUUCGCCUUUGGCUGCGCGUGGAUGGGAUGCCGCGGGGACUCCAUCAUCCACAUCGGGGCGAUCUUCGAGGAGUCGGCGCUCAAGGACCAGGAGGCGUUCAGCCUGGCCGUGGCCGACAUCAACGCCAACGAGGAGAUCCUGCAGAGCGAGCAGAUCACCUACUCGAUCCGCACCGUGGAGGGAGACAACCCCUUCCAGGCCCUGCAGGAAGCGUGCGAGCUGAUGGAGCAGGGCAUCCUGGCGCUCGUGAGCUCCACGGGCUGUGCCACGGCCUCCUCGCUGCAGUCGCUGAGCGACGCCAUGCACAUCCCGCACCUCUUCGUGGAGCGGGGGGGCCCCGCGGCCUCCCCCUCGUCGGCAGGGGGGGCGGCCGGCACGGGGGGCUCUCCCCGCAGCGGCUGCGAGCUGCCCCCGCACCCCCCGCCGCUGCCGCCGCAGACGACGAGCGACCCCGGGGCGCCGGGCGUGGAGGAGCCGCAGGGCUACACGCUGACCGCGCGACCGCCCGCUGUGCUUGGCCACGUGCUGACGCGCGUGCUCGCCGACUUCGCCUGGCGCAAGUUCAUCCUCUUCUACCAGGCUGGAUACGACAUCCGCGGGGUGCGCGGGUUCCUGGCGCGCGCCGCCCGCCAGGGAGCCGAGGUGUCGCUGCAGCAGGUGGACGGGAACGUGGGCCGCAUGAUCGCCUCGCUCUUCCGCUCGCUCAAGUACGAGGAGCUGAACCGCUACCGCGACUCGCUCCGCAGGGCCGUGCUGCUGCUCAACCCGCGCCUGGCGCGCACCUUCAUCGCCGAGGCGGCCGACUCGAAUCUGGUCGCGGCGGACAGCCACUGGAUUUAUGUGAACGAGGAGGUGAGCCUGGUGGAGGUGCAGGAGCUGGCGCGCGUCUCCGUCGGCCGCCUCACCGUGCUGCGCCAGGUGUUCCCCGCACCGCGCGACCCUGCGCACAGGUGCGAGCGCGAUGGGCACCACGUCUCGCCGGCGCUCUGCGACCCCCAGGAUCCCGCCUACAUGACCCCCGAGGUGAGCAGCCUGUACAUCUACGACAGCGUGGUGCUGCUCACCACCGCCUUCCACCAGAAGCUGGAGGACCGCAAGUGGCACAGCAUGGCGAGCCUGAGCUGCCUCAAGCGCUGGACCAAGCCCUGGAACGGCGGCCACUCCAUGCUGGACGUCAUCCGCCAGGGGCGCGUGUGGGGGCUGACGGGAGAGCUCCAGUUUAAUGAGCUCGGCGUGAACCCCAACGUGCAGUUCGAGGUCCUGGGCACGAGCUACGCCGACGGCGGCCAGGAGAAAACCGUGCGCCGGCUCGCGCUUUGGGACCCAAAGAACGGACUCAACGGAACCUUGAGAGACCGGCUCCUGGAGAACAACCUCAAGGGAGUCACCCUCAGAGUGGUUACAGUACUGGACCCGCCGUUCGUGAUGAUGUCGGACAACGUCCUGGGUCAGCCCAAGCGCUUCGUGGGCUUCGCCGUCGACGUGCUGGAGGAGCUGUCGCGCCACCUGGGAUUCACCUACGACCUCUACCAGGCGCCCGACAACAGCUACGGCCGCCCGGGGCCCGGCGGCUCCUGGAGCGGCCUGCUCGGGGAGAUCCUGCACAAGCGCGCGGACGUGGGCAUCGGCGCCGUCACCAUCACGCCGGAGCGCGAGAGCGUAGUGGACUUCACCAAGCGCUUCAUGGACCGCGGCGUGGCCAUCAUGCUCCGCGAGCAACACCACCACCAGCGGCACGCCGACCUCUUCUCGUGCCUCGCCCCCUUCGCGCCCACCGUGUGGGCCGGCCUGGCCGCCUGCGUUCCCAUCGUCGCCCUCGUCGUGCACAGGCUCAACUCGAUCGGCGCGCGGCGGGGAGGCCCCGGGGGAACGGCCGUCGCCGGCGUGCCGGGCGCCGGCCCCGCGUGCCAGCGAGAGGGCGGCGGCGUCGGCGCCGGCGCCGUCGGCGGCGGCGGAAUUCAGGGACGACCGGCCGGGAGCACCAUGGCAGCGGACGCCAGAGGGAGGACGUGGCCUGGCUCGCUGUGGCUCGUGUACGGCUCGCUGAUGCAGCAGGGAGGGGAGCUGGUGCUGAUGUCGGUGUCGGCGCGGGUCAUGGUGGCCGUCUGGUGGUUCUUCACGCUCAUCGUCGUCUCGUCCUACACGGCCAGCCUGGCCGCCUACCUCACCCUGUCGCGCCUCACCAGCCCCAUCAGUUCGCUGCAGGAGCUCGCGAGGCAGACGGAGAUGUCGUACGGCACGGUGCUGCACUCGAGCCUCUACGAGCAGCUGCGAGCGCGCGCCGCCAAUCCCGUGGGGCCCGAGCACGGCACCUACGCCAAGCUGUGGGAGGCCGUGAGCCGCAACAACGGCUCCGACAACUGCGUGCACGACCUGGACGAGGCCGUCCACCGGGUGAAGCGUGGGAACUACGCGUUCGUGUGGGACACGGCCGUGCUGGAGUUCGCCGCGCUGUCGGACGGCGACUGCUCGCUGAGCGUGCGGAACGUCGGCUACGACAAGGGCUACGGCAUCGCCCUGCAGCACGGCAGCCCCUACCGGGACGCCUUCUCACAGCGGCUGCUGGAGCUGCAAGAGAGCGGCGAGCUGGAGGCGCUGCGCCAGAAGUGGUGGCCUCGGCGCGGGAAGUGCGACCCCUACGGCCCGGGCCUCCCCCAGCAGCGGCCCCCGGGCCUGGAGCUGAGCAGCCUGGCCGGGGCCUUCGCCGUGCUGGCCGCGGGCCUGCUGCUGGCGUGCCUGCUGGGCGCCUGCGAGGCGUGCUGGCACCGGCGCUCCGGCAACCUGUGCCCGCCCAACGAGGACAAGGAGCUGGAGAUGGAGCAGGUUCACCCCCAGAUGUCGUCGUCGUCCACGUCGGGCGGCGGCGGCGUUGGAGAGCGCGGCAUGCUGGACGAGGGCGUGGUUGGUGGAGGCGGGAUGCACAAGCCCUUCUCGCUGCCCUCCAUCGAGAUGCUCGCGUGCGAGGUCGGCGCGCCGCGGGACUACCGCUCCCUCGCCAUGCCCGUCAACUCCUUCCUGCCCGAGCCUCAGCGCAUGCCGCCCGGCAUGGCAAUGGCCGGGCCCGAGUCGUCCCAUCACCAGCACCACCAGCACCACCAGCACCAACACCACGUGCAGCAGCAGCAGCAGCAGCAGCCGCCGCCGCUCGUUCUGAAGCACCGCGCGCCCAACGGGGGUCUGCAGAGGCAACAGCAGAGUCCGCUCAAGUCGCUCGGCUCCGGUCGCGUCACCUUCCAGGCUCCGAGCGGAUACAUCCCCGAGCCGUCGUGCGAGACGAUGAGGGGCACCUCGAUUUGACGCGGAGCCGCGGCCGGGCCCGGGUAGCGGCGCGUGCGUGCGUGCCUGCUUCUCGUAGUGACCGAGGGACCCACCGACACCCACCCACCCGCCCCCACAU